CAGCCAGUUCCGGUGUCUGUGGUGCCGGCAACCUGAGGCCGGAAGUCAAGAGAUGGGACAGCGCCGCUGAGGCUACUAGGCGGACCCUGGGUCGAAGACCACCCACCCACUCGCCCCGCCCUGGGGAGCCACGUCUGGGCGCUGGUUUGCCUCCAGGCCCCGAGACCGCCAUCUGGCCCUUCUCUUCCUGAGAUGUCACGGACUCCGGAUCCCUGACCUCCAGCUCCUCCCAAGGCAGCCUCCCCCUCAGCCAUUUAGUUUCAUUCUCUUCUGGAGCAAAACUGACCCUUCAGCGCCUCUGACUCAUGACCCCAACUCUGCGCCCUGUCCCCUUGCCUGAGAGCUCCCUGACCCUCAAGGAACCCCUCCCCCAUUAACCCUUCUCUUCCCAGCCGCAGAGACCACUCCUCACUCCUUGCAGCCUCUUGCCCUUCUUUCCCAAAUUAACCCUUCUCCCCUGCACCUGAAAUCAAACCCCUAUCCCAACCCCUAAUUCUCUUUCCCUCCAUAAUCUUUUUUCUAGCUUCCUCUUUGCCCCCCCCAGCCCCUCCCCUCCUCUGCAGGGCAUGAGCAUGGAGGAGUCUGCUGCCUGCCGGGCUGUCAGCCCAGACCUGAGCAGACUCCCCAGAACUCCUGCCUUGGCUGCAGGCACAGAAAAGGAUGGAAAUAGAGAGAGACUCGUGGCCCCGAGGAGGAUUCCUUCACCCCCGGGGAGCCCAGAUCCCGAGGAGCCUGGGAAGCCUUUGUGUCCCCAUCCUGGUGGACGUCUGGGGGCUGAGGGUCAGGACUCUUUGGGCUUCCCUGAAUAUCCUCUCAUUGUAAGAACCAAAAAACUGGUCCUUCACAUGGACAUAAACAACACCAUCCUCGUGUCUGACAGUGCCACUGGUCAGGGCCCUGUGGCUGCCCUCAACUCCUACCUGAGCACUGUGUGUUGGGGGCAGUUCAACCAGGAGGGUGAGUGGCAGUGGCUGAGUGAGUUCCCUUCAUUACUGCCCCCUACCCCUGAUGCCACCAGCUUCUCCUCGAAUUUUGGCCGGGACACCAAGUUUACAUCAAGUACCCUGGGCCGCCCCUUCCAGACACUCUUCUCCUCCUACUUGCAGCUGUUGGAGUGGCCUGGCCAGCCUGAUGCAGUUUUCUCUGUCCCAGGGGAGGAUGGCCAUCAUUACCACCGUGUACUGCCAGCCUUUUUCAAUCUACUGGCUGGUCUUUGUCAGCAGGGCCGUCGCUUUGCUGUCAUUUUCCGCACUUUUGGCAAAGACUUGACCUCACUACUUCAGACCACACACAAUGCUCUUCAAGGCCAGCAUCCACAAUUCUCAGCUCUGAAAGAGGUGGUGCUCCCUGUGGACCUGCGACCCGGAAAGAUCCGCUGCAGUCCAAAAAAGGUGAUGGUCAGUCGAGGGAAAGAGUUUGUGUCAGGUUCGCCAGAUGCAAGAGUCGUGUAUGACUACUUCAGUGCUAUGGAAGGCCUGGGGGGCUUUCAGGACCACUUUGCUUGGUGGGCUAAGAACAAUUUCUCCAGCCAGGGUGGCAAGCCACUAUGGGUAGAUCCCAUGACCCUGAGGUCCAGCACAUCUGCUUUGAUGAUAAUAUUCGGCUGCAGGAUGGAGAGAGCAUCUUCCAUCCCCAGGUGUUUAUGGGCCAGGGAGAACAAGAAUGCUGCACAGUCCCUACCUCUGAACUCUACAGCAUCUGCCUAGUGCAAAAUGAUCUCCUUCAAGCCAUUGCCAACCCUGACUACUUCUUGAUGACUGUGAGCCAGUGUGAGGAUCGGUAUGACCAAUACUUGUCAAAGGCCCAAGCAGGUGGUGGCUGUUGAGAAAUCAGCUCAACUGAGGAGUGGACUUCCAGACUGCUUCAACGAAUAAUAGCCCUUCUGGACUUUAUGGCAAGUUACCUGCUCCAUUUUAAUCAGGAUGGGGAGGGGGCAAAGGGUAGGAAGGACCCUUGGAUCUGGCCCUCAUCAUUUCUGUAGUCUAUUUUGGCUUGGCCAAUGUGGGAGUUGUAGGUUGGGAAUGGAUCUCCCCUUCACUCCUAGGACCUUUGCACUUGGACUUUUGGUUUGGAUCAGGGUUCUGGCUCUGCCUUGGUUUCUGUUACACAAAUUGGUGCCCAUCGGAUUGGAAUCUACACGUUAAAAUCCAACUCCAGUGUGGGGCCACAUACUACUUCUCUCUUUUUCUCACUGGCUACAUGGGGUAGACCCGUAGUUGGUAUGGCUGGGUUCUGAGGGGAGGGCUUAGGACAAGGUUAACUCUGGCUAAGCCAACACCAGAAGUAGAAAGAAAGUGGGUCACACAGGUUUCCACAGUAGGUCUAAUAUAAAUAUGGAAUGGAAUUGGAAAACACAUAUCAAGUCCUUGCUGUAUGCCAAGCAGUGUCGGAAAGGGUAUAAUGAUCCUGAGGGUUGGGAUAGUGCUAGAGUCUGGGUUACCUCUAUCAGAGGUGAGAAUGAGGAAGUUAGCAACCAGCCAGGAUUAGACAUGGAACUAGAACUCUGAUGUCCCAACUCCUAGUACACUGCUUUUCCCAUAACACCACCUACACUUUCUUGGUACUAAUGCACACAUAUAUUAAUUUUACUAAAAAACAUGUUUUAUAUGAUAUACUACUCAUGUGCAAACUGGGUGUGAGUCAGUCCUGAAAGGAUGUUAAGAAAUUGGUUAUGUAGAAUUCAUUAGUGUGGAAUGCAUCUAUCCUGUCCUUGAGAAUUGGACAUGGGUUUUGAAGGUUAGGUCAGAUAUCCCAGGGGAAUAGAUGAGAAAAGAGCUAGACAAACUACCUACCACUACUGCCUUUUCAAAAUGGCCCCCAAGUCCAUAUCUCCAGCACUGUGCUCUAAGACAUUUCUAAUUGUGGGUUGUAAUGGAAGGGUUCUUAAAGCUAACUCUGACUCAGAAUCUUCCCCUUGUCCCUUAGCUCCAAUUUGACCGCCUUCCUACUGGUAACAGUGGUUUGCAAGGCUAGAAUUCUGCAAUGUGUUUUUGACCUACCACCCACUCUUCGAAUUUCCCCCCACUUCCCUAUGGCCAGUGCUUUACCACAGCCUGUCAUUUCUUCCUUGGUUCAGUCCUCUCCACCUGUCAUUCAUCAUCAUCCUCAUCACCAUCAUCACCAGCACCAAGUCAUGACUUAAACUACCCAAAUGAGCUUAUAACUAUCCUUCAAUUUGCCCUUUCUGUUCACCCUCCAGCCACCACCGAUUGCCUCCCCCCUUCCUUACCCACAUAAAUGGCCUGCCUUUCCCUAAGCUUACUAAAGCAUAAAUGUAAGAUAAUGCCUCCUCUUUCUCUCACAUUUUUAAACUUUUGGAAGCACUUUUAUAUGUGCUUAUAUGCCCCCUGAGGUAGAUGAUCCUCUUUUUAUAGGGAUGGAAACUAAAGUGCAGAGAAGUGUACAUUUUAAAAUAACUUCUAAAUGUAUUCCUCAGGUAAAUGAUUUCUAAUGCUUCUCUGUGGCAUGGCGGUAUCUUGGGUUCUCAAAAGCUGUGUUCAUUCAGGCCAGUCCUCUGAAGCCAGAAAGGCCUUUCAUGUUGGCCUGAUGAUGGACUUUGUUUCUGCCAAGAGAGCCAUCCCUCCUUAAAUGGAGAGAGGCUUAUCACCAGAGAGUUGGUCAGGGAAUAACUUUUUUUUUUUGGCUAUUCCUGAGAACAGCUCAUGAAACAACUCAUGAAAACCAUCUGCUACAAGGUGUAGAAGAAUUGGGAUCCUCAUGAAUAGAAAGAGUGCCAACCUCGAUGAUUUAAUAAAUUGUUGAAGGUUUUUUUUUAAUACAAAAUUUAGUAAUUUCAACAAAUAGGAAAUAAGGAAUAAAAUUCCAUUUAAAACUUUACCCUGUAUUCCUUACCAAUUUUUCUUCUGUCUCUAUUUCAAAUACUACCAACAUUGAAGGGGAAGCAGGGAGAAGUUUUGGAGGAGAUUGUGCUGAAUCAGGAGAGGUUUCACAAAGGACCUGACCCCAGCCCUGAACUUUGAAGGAUAUUUUGGAGAUUUAUAGUUAUAGGCAGAGUUGAAGUGGGAGAGCCUUUCAGAUGUGAGGCUCACACCAGUGCAGAAGCAUGGAUAGAGGGAAUGAUAGAGUUCAGAGAGCAGAUAGGAGGACAGUUUGGCUGGAAUGCGUUAUGCAUGAAAGGGAGUGAUGUGAACUGAGACUGUAAAGGUGGGUUGGAACAAGAUUAUAGAGGGCUUUAAAUGCCAGGCUGAAGAGUUUGUUGUAUCCUAGAGGCAAUAAGGAGCCAAUGAAGGUGCCCAGUUUGGGAGUAACAUGAUUAGACUUUUAUCUAAGGCAUAUUAAUUGGCUAGUUUCAUGCUGUUUGGAUUGGGGAAGGGAAAGGACCAGAAGGAAGAGGCCAAUUAGAAUAAUAAUAGCUAGCAUUUAUGUAGCACCUAUUAUG